UGUUGACAGUCCUCAAUGGGACUAAUGCUGAGGGUGGCAGGAAUAACCUAAAGUUGAAUGAUAGCUAAACUGGUUUUACCGGUUAUCUAGUCUGAAAAUUACCAUUUGUGAUUUCUUUUACGGGAAUAGAGCGACGCUGGCUUCUAACAUUCGCUCCUUAGUUAUUCAGAAGCUGAUCUGCAUGCGUGCGUGAGCUGCAAACCGGCUAACUUUAAAUGCUAGCUAACUACAGUUUGACAGCUUGGCAGCAAUGCAUAUAAAGGAAUGUAUAGUCUCUGCACCUGGAAAAGCAAUUCUUCACGGCGAGCAUGCUGUAGUCCACGGGAAGGUGGCCUUGGCUGUGAGCUUGAAUCUGCGCACAUAUCUGCGCCUGGAGGCGAAUCCCACCGGUAAAAUAGGCAUCAAUCUACCCAACAUCAACACAUUCCUUUCCUUUGAUGCAACUGCGCUGCAGUCGCCGCUGCCCGACCGCACAGCUGACUCGAGGAAUGCGAAGGAGCUGGACGUUGACCUCGUCGCGAGGCUGCGAGGUUUCAUCGGGGUGACGGACAGUAAUUCAGACACUAGUACCAUGGCUGUUCUCGCCUUCCUUUACCUCUACAUGUCCGUCUUUACCGAGUCCGAGGAGCUGCCCGGCCUGACUGUGACGGUGUGGUCGGAGCUGCCCACGGGCGCGGGUUUGGGCUCCAGCGCGGCGUUCUCCGUGUGCCUGGCUGCGGCACUGCUGUCGGCCAGGGGAGCCAUCGCCCCUCCCCCGGGGGACCUGGAGCACACAGCGAGGUGGAGCAGUGAGGAGAUGGAGCUGAUCAACUCGUGGGCCUUUCUGGGAGAGAAGAUCAUUCACGGGAACCCCUCGGGGGUGGAUAACGCCGUGAGCACGUGGGGUGGCAUGCUGAGAUACCAUGCUGGGAAGAUUACACCACUUAGCAGGGUCCCGAUGCUGCGGAUCCUCCUCACCAACACCAAAGUUCCUCGCAGCACCAAGGUCCUCGUAGCCGGAGUGAAGGAAAAAAUCGACAAGUUUCCCGCAGUAAUGAGCCCGGUGCUGGAGUCGAUCGACGCCAUCUCCUCCAUGUGUCAGCAGACGCUGAAUGAAAUGGCCAGUGAGCCCAUGCCAGAACACUACAGCGUGCUAGAGGAGCUGAUGGACAUCAACCAGCACCACCUGGACGUCCUGGGCGUGGGACACCCGUCUCUGGCCGCGCUCUGUCGCGUCACGCUGGGGCGGGGCCUCCACAGCAAGCUGACGGGGGCGGGCGGAGGCGGCUGUGGCCUCACGCUCCUCAGGCCAGACACUGACCCCUCAGCGAUCCACAGCGCGACCCGGGAACUGAAGGACUGUGGCUACGAUUGCUGGGAGACCAGCAUCGGCGCACCCGGCGUGCAGCAGCAUUCUCUGUCCUCCGUCAAAGAGGAAGUUCUGCGGUUCUUAAACCAUUAGCGAGACGCCGGCCGGCGGUGGAAAGUGUAGGAGUGUAUUUUCCCCGGCCCUGCCCGGAGCCGGGUCCGGACGCUUCCAUUUCUCCAGCCCUGACAGGCUGUCGGUGGUGGUUUAUGACUCGACUCCGGCUCGGCACUUGUAUCCCGGACAUUAGGAGACUGAUGGUCUUUGCUCAAACUAUUGGCAGCUAACUAAAGGCUUUUUUCCCCCCACUCCCUCUGCUCAUGCGGUUCUUCUCCGAGUGAGGGAUGCACAGACACUCUGGCCCGAAUCAUUCAAACGUCUCUCUCUCUCUCUCUCUCUCUCUCUCUCUCUCUCUCUCUCUCUCUCUCUCUCUCUCUCUCUCUCUCUCUCUCUCUCUGCGGGCUGCCUGCUUAUCGCACGGCAUCAGAGCUUUUGUGGAAAUAAAAAUCAGGAAAUGGCAAAUGAGGACGAAAUUACAGGCCUAUUCAGGCGUAAUCGGUGCAGUUACUAGCAAUAAAACAUUUGGUUGAAAUGGAAUAUUCUGGAAGCAAGUUUUAUGCAGACAGCUGAGGCAAAUCUGUCAAUUAAGGGAAGAUAUUCUGUACGGGGGGGGGGGUCAACGAGCUUCUGCCAGCUUCUCUGUACAUCCAGUUUGGGCUGUGGUGGUGGUUUAGGUUGCACACGUCUGAAGAAAAUCACUUUGAGAUGAGUGCCUACCUGUGUCCCAUACCCUUUGUACUCAUGUAAUAGAGACGUAUGGUGUCUGUAGUGAGCUAACAUGACCAGUAGGUGGCAGUAAUGUCAUUCAAGUCCAUACUUCAAAACGUCUUGCUGCUGGAAUGAUUUAUUUGCAAUUAUGUAUGUAAUGAGUUAAUUUCCCAUUUCUGAAACCUCAGUUGUGUUAAUUUAUUAACAUUUUGGGAGUGUGUAAAAUGUCACAGUGGCUGCAAGGGCCCAACUCUGGAGGACUGGCCUCGUGCAAGUCACUCCUGCGUCAGCGUCUCAACUAACAGCCGACACUGCAAUACAUUUUAUUGAGAAUAAAGUGCUGCGUUUAAACGA